AUGAAGAAACUCAAUUGGGCCCGUCAAUCCAGUGAUGGCCGGCCUGAUACCCAGCAGCUCUUGGCGACGCCACACGUCGUUGUGGUGACGGCUGAGCCUCCAGCGGCGCCUUCUAUGUGA